UUUAUAUUCCUCUUUUACAUCUAGAAGAAUGAUGUUUUUGAAAGACAUUGACAGUGCCCACCCCGAGAUCCAAAAGGUGCACAUACAAAACCUUGUCAUAGGCGCACUGAACAUGACCUCGACCCUGAACGACUAUUACCGGCUAGUCACGUUUGCCAUCCGACACCCGCACCUGUGCUGCCUCAUACCUGAUGAUGCAUACAGAACACUGGUCAUCCAGUGCUUUAUGCUGUGUCAGUGCAGUGACAGGCUAUGCUCGUGCGUGUACAGUCGCAAGUGGUUGAGCAACUUUGAGUUCCUGGUUGCCGCAGGAAAGCUCGAUUAUGUCAAAGAGGUCCGAAUCGUUAUGAACAGCCUCAGCACAGCGGCCCUAGGUCUCGAUAUCGCCCUUGAUUUCUUGCGUAUCAACAGAAGCCGGCUGCUUAGCGUCGAGCUGCUGGUAUUUUUGGGGCCGGGUCUGUUUACUGCGGGGAGGAUGCAGGACGCUCAGCUGAGUGUGGCUGAGGCCAUGCUCACCCGAACCCAAAUCACAACUCUCUAUCCAAACAUCGUCAACAUCCAGUACUGCAUUCCGCCCAAGUGGGGGCCCAUUUCCAAGAUCUUAGAGAACCUUGCCUGCACUGGUGUCAUCCUGUUCGAAAUGCUUGUUGGUCACUACUUGCCCCGACUCAUCUCUGUCCAGGUCAUCAUGCCGUUCCCCGAUAGCGUCAGCCUGACAUUCUCCCGCUACCUGACUUGUCUGUCCCUGAACUCUCGAUAUGUGCGCUGCCUGAAGCACUUCCCCCGCAUCCCAGUGCAUAUGCUCCGCCGGCUCGACUUGAUGCAGGUCGAGGGUGUCGUCGACUGGAGCCUGUUUUUGCUAGACGACAAGGCUUUGAGAUUUACGCACGUGGAGGAGCUCUCUUUGGAGUUUGCCAGGCCCGACGGCUCGCCCAGGAGGAUGCCCAGCUUUGAAGUCAGUGUGCGUUUCCCGUCGAUAAAGAUUCUGAAGGUGCAGGGCAUGAAGUACUCGUCGAUGAACUUUUCCAGCUACUUUGAAGCCGAUUCUGUUCCGCAGCUGAUUCUGUACGAAGACCCAUCGGCACUCCAGAAGAUGAGCUUCCCGCUACUCAAAUGCUCACGCAACCUGCAUGUGGUCCACCUGGACAGGCUUUCGGCCAAGCCUGUCGUUUACAAAUGUGGUGACCUGCAUCCGCUAUUCAACUACGGAGCCCGUCUGAAGGUUGCCAAGUUCACUGGGCUCGAGUACCCGCUUCCCAUGUACAUCAAUUGGAAGCUGCUGCGGUGGCUGUACUUCACGGCCAGCAUUGCCAAUAGGGCAGGCAUCGAAAAUCUGCUCGAGCAGCUCCCAUGUCUGGAAACGCUGAUCAUGCCCUGCUUCUCGAUGAAUGUCGACGACAUCACGUCAGAAUCAAGGAACAAGCACUUUGACGACCAGGCCGACCGGCCCUCUAUCACUGACGAAAGCUAUUUGGUGGACCGCGAGUUUGCCAUCAGCGAGUCGCUCACACGAUUUGAUAUCCUUUCCUGCAAGCCAUUGCUUGUCAACGACCUGGCAAAGCUGGUCCAGCACUUGCCACGGUUGAAGAGACUCGGCGUCAACCCUGACUCCAUCACUGAUAUGAUAAUGGCGAUACUGCCUCUGGUUUGCGAAUGCGGUGUGCUGGUAAGCGAGUUCUCUGCCGACAAAUAGCAACAGCAAGCAUAGAGAAAAUAUGCAUUCCUGUCUGUAUGCUCACCGCGUCUUGCCACCUACGUUGCCGUAAAUUUGUACCCAUCUACGUCUGAAUUGCAUGCUAUCACCGUAGAUACAACAAAUAAAAUUAAUACCAUUUGUAUGCCGACCUUGCCGGGAUGAUAUAUGAC